AUGGGACUCACAGCAGAAUCGUCUACACCGGAGAAAGAUGUGCAGGACCUGGAGAAAGGGUGUGAGGCCACCGCUCUCUCCUCUAUUGCAGAAGUACCAUCCCAAGUGGAAAUUGAUGGCUCACGGAUACCGUCCGGCUCAUCGUCAGACCAUGAAAACAAUGGAAUCUCCAAGAUAUCUACCAACCAGAUAGAAAGGCCCGGUGUUCUUGAAAAGACCCUCUCCCUCGUUCGAACCCGGGAACCCAACAUCGAUCCUGGGCCCCCUCCAGAUGGCGGCUAUCAUGCCUGGCUCCAAGUCGCCCUCGCUCACUUUGUCAUCUUCAACACAUGGGGUUACAUCAAUGGAUUUGGCGUUUUUCAGUCAUACUAUACCGAAGCCCUGAAUCGUUCUCCUUCAGACAUCUCCUGGAUCGGAGGCACCCAGAUCUUCCUCCUCUUCUUCAUCGGGACGUUUUCCGGCCGAGCAACGGAUGCAGGCUACUUCAAGGCCGUCUGGUCCAUAGGCGCAAUCAUAAUCAUAUUUGCAAUCUUCAUGACGUCCCUGUGCAAGACGUACUGGCAGACGUUCCUUGCCCAGGGCAUCUGCAUGGGGAUAGGCAGCGGCCUCAUCUUCUGCCCCAGCAUCGCGCUGCUGGCGACAUACUUCAGCUCUCGUCGGUCCCUGGCAAUCGCCAUCACUGCAUCCGGAAGCGCAACAGGAGGCAUGGUCUUCCCGGUGGUCGUACAGCAGCUGCUCCCCAAGAUCGGUUUCGGAUGGACAAUGAGAGUCAUCGGCCUGAUAACGGCCGUAACACUGGCUCCUGGCUUUUUCUUCCUUCGUCAGCGGCUACCACCCCGUCGUACGGGUCCCUUCUUCGAACUCCAGGCCUUCCGCGAACCCGCCUACACGCUGUACGCAGUCUCCAUGUUCCUGAACUUCUGGGCCUUAUACGUAGCCUUCUUCUACAUCGGCAGUUUCGGCCGUAACGUAAUAGGUCUGUCGCAGUCCGAUUCCAUAAACCUGAUCCUGAUAAUCAACGCUGUGGGGGUCAUUGGCCGUGUGAUACCGUGCUACAUCUCAGACUGGAAAUCCGGUCCGAUCAACGCUCUUAUCCCUUGCUCAGUCGUGGCGGGGGCAGCACUGUUUGGAUGGAUAGGCGUGAACAAGGAACCUAGCCUGUACGCAUUCUCUAUCGUUUACGGGUUUUUUGCAGCUGGGAUACAGGCGCUGUUCCCUGCUGCCCUGACAAGCCUCACGACCGACCUGAAGAAGAGCGGUAUCAGGUUUGGAAUGACGCUGAGCAUCGUGAGCUUUUCUUCUCUGACCGGAUCGCCCAUCGCGGGCGCAUUGAUCGCCCUGCGAGAUGGUGACUAUCUAUACGCCCAGCUCUUUGCUGGCGUGUCGAUGUUCCUUGGCCUGGCCAUCUUGAUGCUAUCCCGGUACAACGCAGUCGGAUGGAAGCUCAUGGCAAGAGGGUUUCCCAUCGUUAUUCGAUUUUGGCACAUUUCGGCAUAG